CAUUGUUUUGACUAAAAAUGCCGUCGGUUUCGAAAGCUGCGACGAGCGCUUCUCCUCAGACGGAGAAACCGUCUCAUUACACGUACCUGAAGGAGUUUCGGACGGAGCAAUGCCCGCUCUUCCUGCAGCACAAGUGCGCCCAGCACAGGCCCUUCACCUGCUUCCACUGGCAUUUCCUCAAUCAACGGCGGAGGAGGCCCAUCAGGAGGCGGGACGGUACCUUCAACUACAGCCCGGACGUCUAUUGCACCAAAUACGACGAGACGACAGGGAUCUGCCCGGACGGAGAUGAUUGCCCAUAUCUUCAUCGAACAACUGGGGACACAGAAAGAAAGUAUCAUCUACGCUAUUAUAAGACUGGUACAUGCAUCCAUGAAACAGAUGCUCGUGGACACUGUGUGAAAAAUGGACUUCACUGUGCAUUUGCUCAUGGUCCACAUGAUCUUCGCCCUCCGGUUUAUGACAUAAGGGAACUCCAGGCACAAGAAGCAUUGCAGAAUGGUCAGCUCGGGGCAGGAGAGGGACUUCCUGAUCUACAGCCAGGUGUGCUGGCUAGUCAAGCCAUGAUAGAGAAAACACUGUCUGAAGAUCCAAGAUGGCAGGAAACAAACUUUGUGCUAGCAAACUAUAAGACUGAACAAUGUAAUAAACCACCUAGACUCUGUCGACAAGGCUAUGCCUGCCCUCAUUAUCACAACAGCCGGGACAGAAGAAGGAACCCUAGAAAAUUUAAAUACAGGUCAACGCCCUGUCCUAAUGUCAAACAUGGGGAUGAAUGGGGAGAGCCCACAAAAUGUGAGAGUGGAGAUAACUGUCAGUACUGUCACUCUCGAACUGAGCAACAGUUCCAUCCAGAGAUCUACAAGUCUACAAAAUGCAAUGAUAUGCGGCAGACAGGAUACUGCCCUCGUGGACCUUUCUGUGCAUUUGCACAUGUUGAGCGAAUCCCUUCUACUGAGGAAGUGCAGAUUAUGAAUCAGGUAGCCUCCAUUAUGCAGGCAGGGGCUGCCGCAGGUGCUCAGCCCAAGCAAGGUGCUCGCCUUUAUUCUACAGAAAGCCUCGGAUCUACAAAUGACUGGGGUACGAGUAUUAACUCAGGCAGCAAUAAUGGACAGAUAGGAAACGUUUCAUCUUCUAGCAGCCCAACGGUUACUUCAAGUUCAGGUAGUAACAGUUCAUUGUCUUCUAUUGGACCAAUAAGUAGGCCUAAAUAUUUCACUAAUGGUAGUUUAUGUUCAGAUCCUGCGACGUCCAGUGUUUCAUCACCGACAUCUACAUAUCCAAAAGCACCGGGGUUUGAACGAGAAGAUCAGGCAAAGCAACAUAAGAACCAAACACUAGAGAAUAACCAGAAAUUAAAUGAACACGAUAGUAAACAGAACCUUUUAAACGUGUUUUCAGUGGUAAAUCCACUAGCCUCCAGUAUAACAUCUAGUUUGGCAUCUAGUAUUGGGUCUGAUACUUCAUCUCCCUCCACUUUGUCAACAAUGAAUGCCAAAGCAGUUCCAUUUUACCCUGCUAGCAAUACAGUAGAAUCAGUAAUUGGUUCUGCUUUAGAUCUUCAUUUUAGUGAUGUAAAUGUUGCAUCUCUUGAUAAAGAAUUAGAGGAUCAAGAUUCUGGUGACGUAGGAAUAAAAGGUCAGCGGUUAUUGGGCAGUUCGGCUCCUGUAAAUAUUCCAGGGUCACUUGCUCGGUCUUCGUCCUUGCAUUCUUCUUCCUCCUUAUCUGCCUCUCCACUUGGUUCCCUUUCUCAAUCUUUUCUUUCAUCCAGCAUGGCUCCACAACAGCAAUCUCAGCAACCAUCAAAGUCUGAGCAUGCCCUCCUGGGUACUUCAGCUUCCUCUCACAGUUCCUUAGGUUUGAAUGGUGUUACUGGAAGCAUCUGGGAUCAUUUUGUUAGUGGGAAUUUCUCUCCUAGUCCAUCUCCAGUAUUCAGCAGUAGUGCCACAACCACCACUGCUGGCUCCAGUAGUAGUGAGCUUGCUAGAGUGCGAAGAGAACUUGAGGAGGCUAAGCGGAAGAUCAAACAGUGGGAAGACUCAUGGCAGCAAGUGAAGCAGGCAUGUGAUGCAUGGCAGAAGGAAGCUCAAGAGGCCAAAGAAAGGGCAAAAGUGGCUGAUGCUGACCGGCAAGUAGUAUUACAACAGAAAGAAGAAGUGGAUAAACAGCUUAAAAAGCUGCAGGAGGACUUUGAUGCUUUAUACCGAUCUCCAAACUUUCCCCUUCUGAGAAACUAUGGAGAUAUAGACAAGCUUCCACUACCAAAGCUUCAUUCUAUACAAAGUCAAUUGCGUGCAGAUUUGGACCUUGUGGAUGGGGUAAUUUAUCAGCUCCAGUCGAAGAAAUGCAUUGUAUGCCAGGAGCGGGACCGUUCUAUAUUACUUCAGCCUUGCCAGCAUUAUGUCCUCUGUGAGCACUGUGCACCUAACAAAAUUGAAUGUCCCUAUUGCAAAACGAAAGUAAUGAAUUGGUGAUGAAUAUAUUCUAGGUACAUGGGACUAGCCUUUUGAAGAACGACUACACUAUCCUAACAAUUUGAAGCUGUAGUGCCCCCCUCAUGUCGGAAAUAUUUUAAAUUACGCAGUGAGUAUAUCCUACCCUACAAAAUAUGGCAUUUGUGUCUGUAUUUCUUUACUGAAUUAUUUUUUAAUACGUAUAAGCUCUUCUUUCCCCUGGGAAAACUUGUAACACACAUCCUGGUAAACCAGUCAAUCAGUGACUAACUCAGUCCAUUCUUGAGCACGUUAGCCAUACAUUUUGCUUUAGUCUGAUUGAUGUGCUUCACAAUGUUGCUGCGUUUUCAUCAUUUUUGCCGAUGCCCUGUGUUUACAACUGGUGCCGAAUGCAUUCAGAAAUAAAAUUGAAGUAACUUCAAGGCACUUCAGAUACAGAAUCAUAGUGUAGGAUCGACUUGCUGUGUAUUUCCAAUGAAUAUUGCAUGCAGAGCACUGCAGCUUUAGCAUUUUUAUGUUCUAGUAUUUUACAUAUAAAAUUAAAAAGAAAAAAAAUACUAGGUUAUGUGAAGAGGUUUAAUUUCCUGUAACGCACUUUGUUAACCUGGGUUUUUUUUUGUUUAGAGGUUAUAAUAAAUUGCUUUCAAGCUGCUUUGUAGUUUUUUUUCCAGAACAUGUGAUAAUAUAAAGCUUUGUAUGUGUACUGUGAAACCUGUUAAUAGAUAUUUGGUAUUCAGAUUCUUACUGUUAAAUCAUAGUACAGUGAAUAUUGUUAGAUUUCCUAUUCUAAUUAAGUACUAUUAUAAAUAUUAGUAUUGUGCAACUUGCUAGGAUUUUUACAUUUUUCAAUUUAUAAAUUAAGUGCAAACUUUUAAUGCUUAAAACCAGCAGCAAUUUCAUAAUGGCACAUAAUGCUAUUCUUAGCAAACAAGCAGUCUGAACAGAAGUUUGCUAUUUUAUAUAAUAAAAUGAACCAGUCUUUUUGUUUUUUGUUUCUUCUCUGAAACAAGCUGCAUUGACCAGCAUGUGGUUGGAGAUUUUUGUAGCUAGUAUCAUGAAAGUUUUAAUUAAUUGUUUUUUUUUUCUUCAGUUGGUGCAACUCCUAGCCUUGUAAGCAUUUUAAAUGACAAUGUCUAAUUUCUGGCCACUGUUACCAAGUGCCUUCUGCCUUGCCUAAACCUAAAUUGCAAUGACAACUUCUGUCAGGCAAAGGUACUUUGACAUGAAAUCUUUGCACUGAUUAUAUAUAUAUAUAUAUAUAUAUAUACACAUAUAUAUUUAAAUAUAUAAUUAAUGCAAAUUCAUAGACCAGCUUUCUCUAACUGUAAAGAAGUUAGGUGCAUAAAAUUCAGGAUGAACUCGUAUUGAACAUAGAUGUUGAAAUUGCCACCGUUUCUUGUUCUGACUUAUUUAGAGUAUACUUAGCACCAGAGGGCAUAACCUGUGCUCUCUUUUACAUACACUGCUCACUUGACUGAACAGCAUAAUAUGUACAGGUUAUAAUUAAGAAUGAAAAAUUGACCUAUUACUGUGUUCAUUGAAAUGAUUUGUCUUCACUUCUUGUCAUUCUGUAUCAGAAGUCCAUUAUUAUUUCCAUCAAAGUGUGGAAUUGUAUGGGAAGUGUGGUUAAUGUGGGGAUAUACCAGAUGUUCAAAGAAACUAGUUUAUUUUUAAAAACACAUAAAAGACUGGUUCACGUGGAGUUGCGAACUGUUUUUGGAGUGAAUUAAAUAGGAGUUUAUGGUGAGCCCUGACCAUUGCAAAGUCCAUGUGCAAAUGAGGAAGAUCUCUGGUCCUAGCUGGAUACAAAUAGCAUUUGAAGUGUUACAUUAGAAAUGCCCAGUUCAACAUAGAAAUCAAUCCUUAUUUUCAUGAACAAUGCAGCCACAACAAACCUUACUAUUAUAACUUGCACCAGCCCAACUUGCCCCGUUAGAAGAAACUGAAAAUAAUGCAAGAACAGAACUGAAUUUUUAAAUCAUGUAAAUAGCAACAUUUAAUCAGAAUAUGUUAGAUUUGAAAUUUUCAAUGAGCCCAUAAAAUAUAAUUUGAUAUUUUUUUAGAUAAAUCUUUCAAGUGUCCAAACACCAUUGGUAUAUUAGUUGUUGGAUUAAUGUGGCCAAUUCAAAACCCAAAGCUUGGUAUUCAGUUUUUAAAAAAUAUAUAGUGGCCAUAUGGGCCAAUGCUUAGUUAAAUUGCUUAGAAGAAUUUUAUAAUUUUUUUUUAUUCCAUUGAAAUUUGUCAGUUAAUGGUAAGCCUAUUACAUAUUAAUGCUUGUGCACUAUUUUAGAUGUAUUUUAAAUGCUUUUUUCAAACUUUUAAUGUCUUAAAUUUAUGGGCACCUAAUAACGGUUGGGGCCAUGGUUGUGUGAAAGUCUAAUACUUAUGACUCUCUAGUAUAAUGGAGUUAACUUAAUGUAACUUAAGGACCAACUUCACAGUGAAUGAAGCAUACUGCCAUUGUCCAGUGCUGUAAGGAAACGUUUGCAUUACUUAAACUGAGGAAUUUGCACUUGAGUUCAUUAUGGAUACAGAGACUGCACUUUCAUCAAGGCAAAGGAUUGGCACUUUGGGUACAAAAUUCCUAGCAUUGGGAUGUAAAUCUCUAUUUGCACAUCAACUUCAAUGUCCCAUCAAGUGCAAAAUGCCUCAGUGGAUAAACACACUCUUACUGCAUGGUCUGCAUUUACAGCUCCCCUGGCUUCUUUGUGAGGCAGAGAGAUAUUAACUGUUGCUGAGAUGCAUACACAAAAAAAAAGCAUUCUGCACUUUGCUGAAGAGUUAUAAUGGACUUCUGAACCACAUGUAGUCUUUGCCAAAGAACUUUUCUGUAUAGCAAUUUAUUAUUAUCUGUAGUUUUAACAAGACAUGUAAAUACUAAACGGUAGCUAGUUAUAGGCAGAAUUACUGAAACAGUGACCAAAAUUAGAAAUUUUAAUUCUGUAUUGUGUUCUCAGUAAGGGAAAAGAAAUUCCACUUUUUUGUAUAAAGAUGAAGCUUAUUACAUGAAAUGCUCUUUGAUCACAGACUGCUAAUAUUUCUUUGAGAAGAAUGUGGAAUGUAUGAAGUUCUACUUAUAAAGUACAUUGUAUUGGGAAAACAGCAACAUUACAUAAAAGCAGUCCAGAAUUCAAGGUUUACUUACAUCUGUUCAAGAUUAUUGUGAAGUAAAAUUUUGCUUGGUAUUCUGUUUUUUAAAAAAAAUAUAGUGGCCAUAUGCAUCAAUGCUUAGUUAAAUUGCUUAUAAGAAUUUUGUAGGUUUUUUGUUUUAUUGAAAUUUGUCACGUUAAUGGUAAGCCUAUUACAUAUUAAUGCUUGUGCACUACUGUUGGCAUUCAAGAGGAACUGUGUAACAAAACUAGCUCGUUCGUUACUGCAUGAACUGUACUCUGCCACAUUCAUCAUAGAAAAACUUUGGUUUUAAAAAAACAAAACACCAUUUUAUCUUCACAGUUGUGGACUGGGAUGUGGCACUAUUGAAUGAUGUGCAGAACUAAAUGUACAUUUGAUAAGUUAAGUCACAGCCCACCACCCUUUUCACAAACCUGGCAACCCAGCCAGGCAAUAAUAAUUGGAAGGCAUUCUCCCAAUACAAACUGAAUGGCAGGAGAAAUGAGAGCUAAUGUAAAUCAGAGUUAAGAAUUCAAGUCACUUUAGGGCAAAAUUAUCAAAAUCUAGUCAACUCUCAAUUAUAGAGGGGGAAUUUGCAACCCCUUUUUCCAAAUAUUGCUCCUUUAGCUCCCAACACCAAAGUCUUGUAAAUAUUUUGCUGAACCGAGAAUGUCAGUUGGCAAUCUUGUUGCUCUCUUCCCCCUCCCACUUGAACACUGUGGGUCAUUAUUUUAAAAGACCAUAAGCUCAUACACGACAUCCCUGAUCAGUAUCCAAGUUAGUUUAUUUAAAAUCUUUAGGUGCCAGAUCUUUAAUUCUGAAAGUAAUCCAUUUUUGUUCAUCUGUGCUUCAAAGUAAUGCAGACAACCUAAGCUAGCAAAUAAAAUGGCUAUAUUGCUGUUAAUAUUCUGCAUGAAUCUUCCUGGUGAGAUAACUGAUGCCAACUGGAGAUGUUGUCUGAGCCAUAAGCCUUAAUCAUCCUACCUGAAUCCAAUAUAUUUCUUUUCCUUAAAGGUGUGAUUAAACCAACGUUGGCAUUCACUGCAGCAAUAAACUUAGGGUGUAAACAGUCAGAUCACUCAGUCGACUCCCCAAGCACUGGGAGAGAACUCCAGGAAAUCCCUGCCACUGGAGUUUUGGAAUACAAAUUGUAGAUUUCUUACCACAUUGCAAACAUAGUCAAUCCUCCCAUUGAGCUCAAACCUGCUCUGUUCAUCGAACAGUGUAGACGCACCCAAAAUCAACAAACAAGUAUUCAUUUCUCAUUCUGUCACUCACACACUUAUAAUUUGUGAUAAAACUUUGGAGCAGAUAGCCACAAUUAAAGGAACAGAAUUCACCACAAAUAAAACAUUGUGCAAGUGGAGACCAAGUCCAAAUGGAUGUUUUCUCAAUUUGUGCAGUUCCAGCAUUUAUGUGCUUUUCCUUAUUUUUACAGAAACAAAAGUAAAUUAGAACAGGAUCUGGCACCUCCUUUGGCGAUUUUUUUUUAAAUGGCUGUACAAGCCAUUGAAUCAUCUGGGACUGUGAAAGCCUACACCUUGAGCUAAUGCCUCACAAUGUCCCACAGGAACACUGCACUUCUGACUGCCCCACUGCUUGGCACCAUUUUAACUUCUGUGUAAGUGAGAAUUCAACAACCCACCCCAAAAUACUUUUUAAAAAUGCAAUUCCAGAGCACUUAAACAGAAAUAUGCAGUGGACAAUCUUGGAAUAAUAAAAAUAUCCCAAAAUAAUUAACCACAACUUGUGCAGCUGCUUCCUUCCUAAGUAACAGUAAACCAGCGUUCAAAUUUUUUUCUUUGUUUCUCCCACUUGUCAGGUUUCUUUGGUGUAUUGUUACUGCAAAGUAAAUUUAUUUAUGUAUUAAACGUAGUUUUUCUUAACUGCAUGCUCCCUAUGGUUAUCAUGAAUGGUGCCAAACCAGUAGGAAAGUGUAAAUAGUCAGCAGAGCAUUUAGAAAGCAACUUGCAAGUGCCAAAACUGCCUUAAAAAUCAUUCAAAACUAUUAGAUGCCAAAUACUUCCCCCAAUAAAUCAUUUCACAGAAAAAUGAAUAGCAGUCCAACAAUAUUACAAAAAUAUUUCCAAGGGAGACACCUGAAGAUCAAUGGACGUCCUUUAUAACGAACAGGCUAAAAUAGAAUUUUAGAACCAAUCAUUCAGAAUCAGGAAGGUGGUGCGGUUACAUGCAGUGUGGUAACGAGUGAAUUGCUGAAAUUCCCAUAGUGAGUAGCUUGUCAUUUUCUGUACAACAGGUUGAAAUUAAUCUCUCCCAGGUGUGUGAAGUUACUGGAGGUGUGUUUAUAUACAAACUAUUUCCCCUGUGUGACAGUAAAGUAUUAGGUGUCUGAUUCCAGAGCGGAGCAGAAUUCUGCACCAGGUAGAGGUACUUCAGAAAAUGUCUCCAUCACCACCUGGCUCUUGUUAAAAAAAAAUCAAUGGACAUUUACAGAUGCUUUAAUGAAAUCUCUACUGUUGGUGAUUUACCAGAUGACAUUUCCACUAGCAAGCUGAUUGAUUUUUCACAAUUAAUGGACCUGCAAGACAAAAGGACAUAGCUAACCUUUCCAGUUUAUACUGAAUGCCAUAGCCCCUUCUUUUGACUCCACAGAUAUUUUUCUUUCCCAUGUACCUGGUCCAUUGUUGUGCUCCUCUUUGGUGGGUAAUUACACAAGCGUGGUGCAGUUCAAUAUCAUUCUGUUAUGCUGGAAAAUUCAUUGUCUAUCUUCAGUAUGCCCUAAUAGUCCACAGCAGAGAUACUGCACUUCGAUGUAUGAAUAAACCUGAACUCUUGCUGAGUGAUGGUUUAUUAUUGACCAGUGAGUGUGCUUCAAGGCACAUUUACUGUAAUACAUUAGCUAAUGUUUCACUACAGACUUGCUACUCUGUUCAAUAAAGUAUUACAUUUCUGUGGCUGUUGCAAUACCAAACUACUUCCUGCAGGGAUUACAGGGCAAACUUAAAUUGUUAUAACUGAUCGAGUUUAUAAACUUAAGUAAUGGUGAAGCUAAGCAUUUUAUGUGCAAGAAAUUAAGAACUUCUGGCAGUGUGCUUUCCAUUCCAACACUGAUGCUCUAUUGGGCAACACAAGCCUGGACAAUUAACUUUUAAGGUUGUGAACCAACAGUAAAUUAUUGAAGAGUUUAGCUUUGUAUUUAUCUUAUCUCAGUGUUUCUUACUUUUUACUGCUGGGAUUCAGCAUGUAGCAGUGCAUCAUUGUCAAAAGGUGGAUGUGGUGUGAUGGAUGAUGAUUGAGAGACUGAGUCUGAGAAUAAACUUGAGCAAAGCACUGAAAUAAACAAUCCUUCUAAGGGAAAAGUAUAGAAUAAAAUUAUUUUAGACUUAAGAUCUUAAAAUCACUUUUUGAAAAAUAAUUUCUUAAUGGGGAUGGUUUCUAUGUGAACACACUUUCAGAUUCUUUAUAUGCAAGUUCCUCAGCCUGGGAAGAGCAAUGAAACAGGAGGAAAAACUCUUUUCUCAGGGUAUAAGGAACAAUCUGUAAUGAGAGUUUGUAAAGCAUUCUGUGGAAGCCAAGCUGCAUUUAUAUAUGUUUAUCUAGGAAGCUCACUGAAUGGGGAUAGUUUUAAGACUGGGCAACAGUACUGAUAGGCUGUUGGAAGAAUCCAGUAACCAGGUAGUUGUGCUAGUUUCUGUGCACAUCACCAGUUCAAAUACAACAAAAACUUAAUAAGCCCCUGCCUAUUUUACUCUAUUCAUAAUCAUGUAUGUCUCUUACAGCAUUGUUUUAUCACAGGUCAUAAUAAGUUCACUAAUUGCAAAUUUCAUUGCACGGGUAGCGUACAGCCAAACCAGUGAAAAGUUGCUUCAGAUCUAUAACCAAGUACUUCAUCCACUUUGUACUCCUGGGAAUUUUGACAUUCAAGAAAAUCAUGGGAGGUGCAAGAAUUCAGUGACAUUACUGGCAAAAAAAUGUAUUACAAUAGUAACAUAUCCCUGACUCUGUGAUUUAUGUAUUGACGUGGAAUAGCUCAUAUCUUAACUAGUGUUUAAAUAUUACUGAAAUAUUGUCUUGAUAUAUUAAUUUUUGUGUGGUCAAAGCAAGACCUUAAUUGAAUAUUAUGGGAAUUUUUUCAUUUUUGUGUAUUAAUUUAUGGAAGCCUGUUGUAUGCGGUCUAGGUGAGUGUACACAAACAGAAUGGCGAUCUGAAUGGAAUGUUCUUUUAGAAGGUAUUUAUAAAUGCAUAAUCAUUUUACUCUAGUUCAUUGUUUAAAUUGUUAACACUUAAGAUUUUUACACUAUAGCAUUUAUGCAGUGGUUUACAGAAUUCAUGGAAUUAUUUUUAUUAUCAAUAUGGGAAUUAAAAUAAUUUUUGAUCCUCAAAA